AUGGCGGAGCACGACGGGCCUCCUAUGCGGCCUGGACAGAAGGUUCGCCACGCUCAGGUCGCUCUCCAAGCCCAGAUGCGCAAGUUCGACCCGAUUGAUGCGCUGUUCGGGAAGAAGAAUGCGCCGCUUGCCAGGAAGAGGAAAGCAGGAGCUGCUACCGAGGACAGGUGGGCGACCAAGCGCAUCCAAAUGGUCUCGACGUCAGUCAAUAUCGGUCCUGACGUGCUCUCGCCGAAACACAACAACCCGGCUGCAUGUCUGGACGGCCUGCCCGGCGAGCUCCUCCUCGACAUCUUCGAGCAUCUCCCGAAGCCGGCGUUGGCCCGGUUGAGUAGGAUGAACAAGAAGCUCCGUGGGUUUGCCGACGAGAAGCUGUACUCGACUCUGAGGUGGGAGGACAUGGGUGAGAAAGCCCGGCGUGGGUUCGUGCACAGCAUCGGCAGGAAGGCUGAGCUUGCGGCGUUGGUCAAGACGAUUGAGGCGGAGUACGACGUCAAGAAUGUCGACUGGACAACGUACAAGAAGGCCGUGGAGGUCAAGCGCAAGGACAAGCAGAAGUGGGAUGAGAAAAAGCCGAGGAAGAUUGUGGAGGAGGAAGACCUGACUGGGCGUGAGGCGCGGCUGCUGGAUCUUGCGCUCAAUGCUGCGACCAAUGUGCAGACGCUGGUGAUCGUGGAUCAGUCGGUGAUGAUGACGCGUCGCCAUCUUGGAAACGAGUUCUGGUGGAUGGAUCUGCUUGUCAGUGCCGCACAAGGCACUCCUGUAGGACCAUCCCACGCCUUCGCGCAGCUCAAGACGCUCAGCAUCGUCUCCCCAUACUGCAACCUUCCUUUCGAGAAGCUGUCGGACAUCCUUUCUCUUCCGUCUCUUCAAGAGGCCACCAUCAAAGGUGUUUUCCAGACUGAGAGCGUCGAGGAUCUGGGAAGCCACAAGAAGUCGUCCUCCGUCAAGAGGCUCGUGUUGAAGGGCUUCCUCCAUAGCGAUGCGGUGACCCAGCUUCUCUCGUCCUGCCAUACACUCGAGCACUUCACCUACACCUACACGACCGCCACGUUCGAGCCGCUCAACUUCGAUAGCCCCAAGGGUGUGUGGGCGGAACAUUCGUGGGCCACCAUCGGAAAAGCGCUGGCGACGCAGAAGGAUUCGUUGCAGAGCUUACAGCUCUACUAUGACGUGGAUCCAGAUAUCGCCCAGCUGGCAAAUCCGAAGGUCGCCGACUCGCAGUUCUACGAUGACGCCGAUCCGGAUACCGUCACCGAAGAAAAUACCGAGGGUGUCAAUCUCGGGACCCUAGGCUCGCUCAAGGCGUUUCCAAAACUGCAGAUUGUGGCGGCUCCGAUCGAUGCGCUUGCGGGCCCCGACGAUGAUCUUCCAGUUAUGGCUGAGCGACUGCCGGCUGGGUUAGAGAUGCUGGAUCUCAGGAUCGAUGGUAAUACGCAGCUGAAGCCAGAGAUGUGUGGCGCGGCGGUAGGAUCACUUGCCAAGCAUCCACAAGGCCUGAACGCCGUCCAUGUGUCCGUCGGGCUGCAGGUGAAGGUGUGUAAGCUCGAGCUGUCUGGCGCUGUCGUUGCGUUGAACAAGGCUGGCGUGGAAGCUCCGGUGACGCGCAGGCCGAGCCAUCGUGUUGGUUACUAUAUCGAAGACCUUGACAACGUGGGUGUGGAUGAGGAGUACGAGGACAUGGGGAAUGCGUAUUGCUACGAAUCCGAUGACCCUGACGAGGUUGACGAGGAGUAA